GUGGUUUCAGUGUGCGCUGAGAUGAUAUUCGUGUUCUUCUUCUGCAUCGUUAGUGUGAUACUAUGGGGCGUCUUCAUAACGACUGGCUACCUCUGCUACAUCGUGCGACAUUCCAAUCGGGGACACAGAAAGCAUCUGCUCGAUCCCAAGGUGGGCACUGUAUCGCUGUGUUGUGUGCUUGGUUCUGGUGGCCACACAACUGAAAUGCUGGAGCUGCUGAAGCACAUGGGAACUCAGUAUACUCCGCGCUGGUACGUCGUAGCAGACACGGACCACAUGAGCAAGGACAAGGCGCUUGAAUUUGAGAAAACAUGCGCGAACCACACAUUCCACAUUUGCACAAUUCCACGGAGUCGUGAAGUUGGCCAAAGCUUUGUGACUAGUGUUCCGACCACUUUGUACGCCUUUAUUCAUGCUUUACGUUUGGUUUGGAAAGCCAAUCCUGAUCUUCUCCUAGUAAACGGUCCAGGAAGCUGCAUCCCUGUUGUCUUUGCCGCUGCUCUUUUCGAUAUGGUGCGGUUGCGAGAUACAGUUAUCAUUUACGAAGAGUCACUUUGUCGCGUUGAAAGUUUAUCUUUGUCAGGGUCUAUCCUUUACUUCCUCGGUUUGACUGACGACAUUGUUGUUCAAUGGAAGCAGCUCAAAGAAAAAUACCCAAGAACUACUUUGAUCAGUGAUCUGCAGUAACUUUUUUAUUGCGCCAUAUUUCUACACGUGACGUACAUAUCGCUUAUCUCGGUUGAUUGUAUAUGUGCUUUCUAGCCUGUAUCCGCUGCGGACUUUCUCAUGUCAUUUAC